AUGACGCUCAUUUGUUGCACAUUUUGUGAUAUGUGUUUCAAAAAACCAUCUCGACUAGAGGCACAUCUGCGAAUCCACACUGGAGAGCGUCCAUAUGUUUGCACGUGUGGUAAAACCUAUACACGGAAACAACAUUUAACUCGUCAUGCUUCAAAAUGUCCCAAAACUAUUCCAGAAAACAACUUAUCUAAACAAAAGGAGCCAGUAAAAGUCGAAAAAACUUAUUCGUGUUCACAAUGUUCUGCUGGACCUUUUCAAAAAAAGAAAAUGGUAUCGGCUCAUAUGGCUAUAGUACAUGGCGAACGGAAACAUGUAUGUGACAAAUGUGAUCGAGCGUUCCCCACGGCAUCUAAGCUAAGACGUCAUUCAUUAAAACAUCAUGGUUACGUAUGUAAGCUGUGUUCUGAACAAAUAUCUGAAAACCCUAAAAAUGGAGAAUCAGUUGCUCUCAUACCUAUUCAUUUUGAAAGUUUUGCGUGUUUGAGACGCCAUAUUGCUAAAGCUCACCCAAAAACACCUUUGCAAUGUCCUACGUGUAAUAUGCGUUUUACAAGACCCGCUGCACUAGCAGACCACGAAUCUACACAUACCCCUGGUGGACCGUCUGUAAGACGACGUUUUAUUUGUCCUUUAUGCUCGCCAUGUGUUACGGACGAUAAAGAUAAUUCCAACUCACAAGGAAAAGAUGAUCUUGUUGCAUUUACAGCUAAAAGAAAUCUAGAUACUCAUAUGCGUUUAGUUCAUGGUAACUUAAAGUUUCCAUGUACAUGGCGUGGAUGUCCUGUUCUUUUGUCUACCAGGCAAAAACUGAAUGAACAUAUGGAACGUCAUCGGCUAGGCAAGUCAGUUGUUUUCAAAAGCCGAAAUAGACGUAAUAAUCCACGUAAUGAUUCAAGUAGAAAAAUUGAUGACGAUGAUGAUGAUAAGAAAAACAAGAAUAAUAAUAAUGAGGAUUAUUGGGAAACAGCUAGUCAAAAUAGCAUUAUAGCACUAUUGAGUGAUGUAAUGGAUUGUUCGGCUAAUCAAAUUUAUUAA